AUGAGAAUUCACUUCAAAGACAGCGUACCACAAGACUGGCGUGGUGACGGAAUUCAGGGGAAAGCUAGUGAUGGGAUUGUAAAUUGCGGGAUUCGAACUGGUUCCGCUCAUCUUUUCCCAAUCGUCGUAAAAGAAAUGUGGUAUAUUCUUCUACAGUUGAUAGCUCCUAUUCUGGGAGCUCCAUUGCAAUCGCCUUUCCUGAUAGGAAACGAUGCAUUUCUCUUCAAAGAAUACAUCAAUGCAAUAACGGCGUAUGGACCUGGCUUGGGUGUUUUCACUCCUUAUUCCUAUGUCGAUCUGUCCUACGACAAUAUUCCUUUUGUUGGAAAGAUCCCAGUCCUUGGAAAAGAGGGCACAUCCUCGAAAUUAGGUAUUUCUCCUUUUUAUCCUCCGCAAGGGAAUCCAAGCAACCCUUUCCCACCUCUUUACAGGGCAAGACCUCUUCCGCUGCACGUUCCUGAACCGCAAGAUGUCGUAGCGGUCCCUCUGGAUGAAGAAGCUCUCCAUGGGGAACCUCUGUUCCCUCCGGAGCUUGUACUACCAUCAGAAAAGAAAAAUGAAGUGAAGGAGGAACCAUUGGAGAAGCCAAUUGACCCAUUUGGAUCGUCCGCUGAGUUGUCCGAAAAAUCAGAAGCAGUAGAAUGGCCAACAGAAAAGAACUUAUCUCUGCGGAAUGAAAUACAGCAAGGAGAUAGUUCAAAUGAGGAGAAAAUGGUAGUAAGUAUCGACAAGGUGGCCGAGAAGAGCAUGAAAGAAGAAGAUGUGGCGGCAAUAAAACCAGCAGUGGAAGGAAGGCCAAAAAAUCCAUUCCGAACCAAGAGGGUUCGAAGAGAAACACUGUACACACAAAUCUAA